CUGGAAAAUGUUCUUGUUGAUGCCAAGGGGAACAUAAAGAUAUCAGACUUUGGCCUCAGUGCUUUGCCCCAGCAUUUUAGGGAAGAUGGGUUGCUUCAUACAACCUGUGGAAGCCCCAACUAUGUUGCUCCUGAGAUUCUUGCUAAUAAAGGGUACGAUGGUGCCACCUCUGAUAUAUGGUCAUGUGGUGUCAUCUUAUACGUCGUUCUUACCGGAUUUCUCCCUUUCGAUGAUAGAAAUCUUGCAGUUCUCUAUCAAAAGAUCUUGAAGGGGGAAGUUCAGAUACCCACAUGGCUAUCACCUGGUGCAAAGAACUUGAUAAAAAAGAUUCUUGAUCCCAACCCUGUUACCAGAAUAACAAUGACAGGCAUCAAGUCAGAUGAAUGGUUCAAGCAGGAUUACUCUCCUGCGAAUCCUGAUGAUGAAGAAGAAGAUAUAAACGUUGAUGAUGAAGCUUUCUCAAUAAAUGAAGUGCCAUCUGAGGGGGAGAGGAGUCCAGACGCCCGGCACUCGCACACCCAUAUAAAUGCCUUUCAGUUGAUUGGAAUGUCCUCAUGUCUAGACCUCUCUGGCUUCUUUGAGAAAGAGGAUGUGUCUGAGAGGAAGAUCAGAUUUACAUCCAACCACUCUGAAAAAGAUUUGCUUGAAAAGAUUGAAGAAAUUGUACUAGAGAUGGGAUAUUGUGUCCAGAAGAAAAAUGGAAGGGUUAGUAGCUUU